CCGAAGGCGCGAAAAGGCGCGCAGGCGUGCUGCGCGGAGCGGGCCCGCCGCCGCCCACGUCACCGCGCCGCGCGCACGUCACGCCGGCCCGACGCUCGGCCCAGGGUGAGCCCGCGUCCCGGCGCCGCUGGCCCAGGGCAGGGACCGCCAGGGCCGGACCUCCCGGCCGGCGCCCCAGCCCGCCGCCUUGUCGCCCGCGCCCAGCCCGGCAGCCAGAAAAAAUCCGUUUUCUUCUGUGGAGGGUGCACAGUAUAGCCUUGGUUUCCUGGAUCUGGUAACAUGGCAAAAGAUGCCGGUCUAAUUGAAGCCAACGGAGAACUAAAGGUCUUUAUAGACCAGAACCUUAGUCCUGGGAAAGGUGUGGUGUCCCUGGUGGCUGUCCACCCGUCCACAGUGAACACGCUUGGGAAGCAGCUCUUGCCAAAAACUUUCGGACAGUCCAAUGUCAACAUCACACAGCAAGUGGUAAGUGGCAAGGUGAUUGGUACGCCUCAGAGACCGGCAGCGUCAAACACUAUCGUGGUAGGAAGUCCACACACCCCCAGCACUCACUUUGUGUCCCAGAACCAGCCGUCCGACUCCUCACCUUGGUCUGCUGGGAAGCGCAACAGGAAGGGUGAGAAGAAUGGCAAGGGCCUACGGCACUUCUCUAUGAAGGUGUGUGAGAAGGUGCAGAGGAAAGGGACGACCUCCUACAACGAGGUGGCUGAUGAGUUGGUCGCAGAGUUUAGUGCCGCUGAUAACCACAUCCUACCAAAUGAGUCAGCUUAUGACCAGAAGAACAUCCGGCGCCGUGUCUACGAUGCCCUGAACGUGCUCAUGGCCAUGAAUAUCAUCUCCAAGGAGAAGAAGGAGAUCAAGUGGAUCGGCCUGCCCACCAACUCGGCUCAGGAGUGCCAGAACCUCGAGGUGGAGAGGCAGCGGAGGCUGGAGAGGAUCAAGCAGAAGCAGUCCCAGCUCCAGGAGCUCAUCCUGCAGCAAAUCGCCUUCAAGAACUUGGUGCAGAGAAACCGCCAAGCGGAGCAGCAGGCCCACCGGCCGCCACCGCCCAACUCUGUCAUCCACCUGCCCUUCAUCAUUGUCAACACCAGCCGGAAGACUGUCAUUGACUGCAGCAUCUCCAACGACAAGUUCGAGUAUCUGUUCAACUUCGACAAUACGUUUGAGAUCCAUGACGACAUCGAAGUCCUGAAGCGCAUGGGCAUGGCCUGUGGACUGGAGUCGGGCAGCUGCUCCGCUGAAGACCUCAAGAUGGCCAGGAGCUUGGUGCCGAAAGCCCUAGAACCGUACGUGACAGAAAUGGCUCAGGGAUCCAUCGGCGGGGUGUUUGUCACGACGACAGGCUCUGCCUCCAACGGCACGAGGCUUUCUGCCAGUGACCUGAGCAACGGUGCAGAUGGGAUGCUGGCCUCCAGUUCUAACGGGUCCCAGUACAGCGGCUCCCGGGUGGAAACCCCUGUGUCCUAUGUUGGCGAGGAUGAUGAGGACGAUGAUGACUUCAACGAGAAUGACGAGGAAGACUGAUUUCUCAGCUUGUAGGCUCCCCUCCCCCUUCAAAUUCAGCUUCAGGAAAAAAUUGUUUAGAGGAGAGAAACUUUUUUAAUGUGCAGUUUUCUGUUUCUUUUUGGCUUAGCCCCAAGAAGACGUGGUAAGCUAUGGUGUUAGACGGGCACCUCUGAUAAGCAAGGACGUUCCGACACCAGUGUGCUGACGGAGAGCCUGUUUAAGAUUUUGUUUUCAGUUUCUGCCUUUCUUAAACUCAGAGUUCAUUUUCACCCCUCAACAGUGCUUGCUGGGUUUGCUGAGGAAAUUGCGCUGUGUCCACACCACAGCAGUAGCCACUCUCCUGUGGGGCAUCCCCACCAGGCACAGGCUGUGUUAGCAGCGGUGGUAGUGCCACCUGCUGGAGGACAGCGAGACUGCAGGAUGCGGUUUCCUCCAUUAAAUAACGCAGUGUCCAAAGAACCAAGCAGAUAGCCAAGCUCUGCUGCUAAACAGCAAGUGCCACAGAUUCAUUGUGACUUUACCUCCUGGACUGCACCGACUGCCGUGCACCUCUCGGGGUAUGCUUUUCUCCUCUCUUUUGCAGCAACAAAUUGCAAAGUACUUUUUUUGUUGAUUUGUUUUUGUUUUGUUUUGUUUGGCCAAGGUUACUGUCACACAGGCGCAGCUGUGGACAUGUCUGGAAAGUUUAUUGCUUAUGGCAGAAUUUGCCUGAUUUCUUACAGGCAGCAUUUGGAAACUUUAUUAUAUAGUUGUUUACAUACUUAAAAGUCUAUCAUUUAAAGACAUGUACUGAAACAAAUGUACUUGUUUCGUAAGCAUCUUCCUGUAAUCUAUUAUAAAGUUGAAAUUAAACAUAGAGAAUGUUUUAACAGUUUUUUAACUCAAAAUUUGUCAAUCAUUUUUAAUAGUUCUUUUUUUAUAAAAAGAAAAAGGAAUUUUAAGGACAGGCAGUAGUCUCUUAAAAUUAAUUCACAGAAAACCGUCAGCUGCACAGUUGCUGUCGCUGCCUGUUCCAAAAUGAUAGUCUUUUUAUUGAAACACAAAUAAACUUUUCUGUAAUAUUUUAUGGAAUACAAAGAGACUUUAAUUGUUUGACUUGUUUAACUCGGCACUGUUAGUUUUAU